CAGUUUCAUUCUUGCAAAACCUAAUUACUCUUCUCUCUGCAUUUUCUCUCUUCUCUCUGCAUUUUCUCUCUUCUCUCGCUCUCAUCAUUCCAAGUCAUCAAUGGCUCGUACAAAGCAAACUGCUCGCAAAUCUACCGGCGGUAAGGCUCCAAGGAAGCAACUCGCCACCAAGGCUGCCAGAAAAUCUGCACCUACAACCGGCGGAGUGAAGAAGCCUCAUCGUUAUCGCCCUGGAACUGUCGCUCUUCGUGAGAUUCGUAAAUACCAGAAGAGUACCGAACUUUUGAUCCGAAAACUUCCAUUCCAACGUCUUGUCCGUGAGAUUGCUCAAGAUUUCAAGACCGAUCUGAGAUUCCAGAGCCACGCGGUUCUUGCACUUCAGGAAGCAGCAGAAGCUUAUCUUGUUGGUUUGUUUGAGGAUACCAAUUUGUGUGCCAUUCAUGCCAAGAGAGUUACCAUUAUGCCCAAGGAUAUUCAACUUGCUCGCCGUAUUCGUGGUGAACGUGCUUAGGGUUAUAGAUAAUUAGAAUUUAGAAUUUGGGGAAUGUUUUAGGGUUUUAUUCGAUUAAGUUUCUUUUAUGCAUUUUAUAGUUAGUUAUUUGUUAUAUCGACAUUAUGAUAAUCCUUUGUAUAAGACAUAAUUUGAAUGGUGACUAGUAUUUUUUUUUGUUAACAAUAACUUUUUUAUUUGAAUAUCCU